AUGGCCAACAGCGCACCUCUGUACCGCAGGCGGUGGGCCGAGAGCUCGAAAAAAAAAGAAGGAGUGGACCUGCGCGUCGUGCAAUUCAACGUCCUCGCGGACGGCCUCUCGGGCCGCGACACGAAGCUCGGCGGCUUCGAUAGCGCGCCGAAGGAUUCUUUAAAGUGGGAGGCGCGGCGCGAACGGCUGAUCGAGGAGCUCUUCCGCCACGGGCCCGAGCCGGACGUGAUUUGUCUGGAGGAGGUCGACCACUUCGAUGACUGGUUCAUGCCGCAGUUAUCGAAGCGGGGCUACCGCGGGUUCUUCCUGAAGAAGCCCAAGAGCCCUUGUUUGAAAACAGCACCCGGCAGCGGCCUCGAGGACGGCUGCGCCCUGUUCUGCCGCGAGGCGACCGUGUCCGUGGUCUGUGUGGAGACGAUGCACUACGCGGCGUCGAACCAGGUCGCGCUCCUCGCGACGGUGCGCGUGCCGGGUUCCUCCUCCUUUAUUGUGGCGUGCACGCACCUCGUCGCGAGAAAAACUGCCGAGGGCGAAGCACAACGCAAGAAGCAAGUGUGCGAGCUCAUGGAACGCCUGGACACGAUGGGCCUCCCGUGCGUUAUUUGUCUGGACAUGAACGCGGCGCCGCACGACGCUGCCUACGCGGCCCAAGCCUACCCCGCCACGACCAGCGCGCUGCGGUCCGCCUACAGGACGGCGCUCGGCGCCGAGCCCGCCUGGACGACGUGGAAAAAACGUGGGACGUCCGAGGCGCGCCACUGCAUCGACUACGUCCUCUGCUCACCGGAGGUUGGCGUGGACGCGGUCUUGUUGCCGCCGGAGGACGAUGAAAUAGUGGAGGCGCGGCUGCCGGGCUGGAACUACCCGUCGGACCACGUCGCAUUGAUAGCGGACCUCCGCGUGCCCGCCUCGCAGCUGAUCUCUCACCGGCUCGAGCCCGACGCGGGAAAGAUAAGAGGCGCCCUGUCCAUCGUCGCGAUCCUGGGCUGCAUGGUUCUGGGCCCAUGUCUACCCGUGGCCGCCUUCAUCGCCCUCUGGCGCGGCCACGCGACGCUCGCCACAAUGCUAGCCACGUUCGUCGCGAUCACGCUCACGACCGGUGCGCAUUCCCCGAAACUGUGCGCGGCCUACCUGAAAGCAGCGGGCUGGUUCCCGGAGGUCUGGCUCCACGUUACGAGAGACGGCCUCGAAGCCAUGCGCGGCCCGGCGUCGACGCUGUGGUGCAUGCACCCGCACGGCACGUCCAUUGGGUUCGGAUUUUCGUUGAACGGCGCCGUGCGGUUCAAGACGUGCGACGAUAUGCGGUACGCGCCGCGCGAGCUUGUUGAGGGUGUACCAUCAGAGAGAAGGGCGACGUGCGACGGCGUGAUGGCGCCAGUGCUGUUCCGUAUUCCAUUAUUACGCCAGAUUUUGUUGGGUUUUGGAUGUGCGACGCCCGCCACGAAGCGACGCAUGUGCGACCUGAUGAACCGGGGCAUAGACUUUGGGAUACUGCCAGGUGGCAUGCAUGAAGUGGCCUUGUACGAAAAAGGUAGAGAUAGAAUUUAUACGAGGCCGGGCUUCGUGAAGUACGCGCUGCAGUACGGCGUUUGUUUGUUGCCGGCGUUCACCUUUGGCGAGAGCGACCUCUACACGAACUUGCGGGCGCCGCUCUACCGUUCGAUAUGUGAGUUUACGCUGUCGCGCUUCGGGUUCAUCAUACCGGUCUUCUGGGGCCCGCGCUGGUGGUGCCCGCUGCUGCCGCGCGACGACGUCGCGCUGCAUACGGUGGUGGCGGAGCCCGUUCACUUGCCUAAAAUCGCAAACCCAACGCGCAGCGACGUGGAGAAAUUUCAUGGCGCCUACGUGACCGCGCUGACGCGCCUCUACGAUACGCACAAGGCGCAAUUCGGGUACCAUGGGCGCGAGCUCGAAGUUUUCUAAGUUUUAUUGUUGUG